AUGUCUACGGAAAUCAAGAGCAGUCCUGCUGAGUUUAUUUCGCUUAUUCCCGGUUAUAUCGCCUCCAGGCUAAAGUAUAGAUCUGAAAAGAAUCCAAAGCCUGGCUUGGUCACCAGACCGACUCGUUUGGUCUUCUUUCGGCUCAGUGUUAACGCCGGUUUUACUCGCCAUGCCCCACUUAGCCUCUUGUCUCUGACCGUCGGCGUCCGGUCCUUCCCCCUAUUUUACUUCCCUCAUCUCGGCCAGUCCAAAUUGCUCUCCUCCGCUCCGCCAAGCAAACCUUGUACCACCCGGUUUUUCCUAUCUGGCAGGCAUCUUUUCCCGGUCAGAAACACGACUUUUUGUACACCAUUUGAAAGGGCUCUUGGAAGCCGCGAUACAGUCGCUCUUUUGGCGAUGCCCACUAUGCGGGCUUCUGCUUCCUCCACUGCCGAUUCGUCAUUCUCUCCGGAGGGUCGCUUCCGGUCGGGUGGGUCGUGCGAAACCCUCUCGCUCCGUCCUACAUGUAGUCCUAUAGACUCGACCGAAUCUUUAGGUUACUCUGGCUCUAGCUUCGCGGAGUUGCUAUCACCAGCACGUCCUAAUAACCAACUUCAUCUCGUCACAGUAUCCUAUCGUCAUUCAGUGAGGACCCUUUCUCUUCAAGCUCAAUCUGGCCCAAAUUUCUCGGAUUUUUUUGUCGUCCCUGUUUCUCUGCUACUUUAUCAGGCCUCCAAAUAG